AUGGCUUCCAAAUUAAGAAACAUCCUAGUCCUUUUGGUGGUGGCGAUAGCUCUUUGUGGCGUUUGUUCUGCCUCUAAUGCUGGUGCUGGAGCUGUUCAUAGAGUUGGCGGCUCGGAAGGUUGGGUAGUACCUGUCAAUUACAACCAGUGGUCCUCCUCAGAAGAGUUUAACGUGGGCGAUAGUCUUUUGUUUUCUUACGAUGAGCACCUCCACAAUGUUGUUGAAGUUACUGAGGAAGGUUUCAAAUCAUGCGAGUCCACCGCUCCCAUUGCAGUUUAUAGUUCUGGCUCAGAUACAAUCACGCUUAAAAGGCCUGGCCAUUAUUACUUUCUUUGUGGUGCUCCCAGUCAUUGUGAAUAUGGACAGAAGGUUGAGGUUAUAGUCAACCUUCCCACACCUGAAACCACGGUCUCCUCUCCGAGCCCGGCACCUUCUGGAUUGUUUUCUCCUUUAACUCCUCGUUCUGAAAGUCCGAUCUCCUCUCCUAGCCCAGCACCUUCUGGAUUGUCUUUUCCUUCAACUCCUCGUCCUGAAAGUCGGGUCUCCUCUCCUAGCCCGGCACCUUCUGUAUUGUCUUCUCCUUCAAUUCCUCGUCCUGAAGAGAGGCCACCACACUCAGCGGCUCUGACCAUCGAUGUUCCCAAGCUUUCCCUGGCUUUUGCUUCUGUGCUUGUGUUUUCUAAAUUGAUGUUUUAA